CCACCCAUCACCCCGUCUCUCACUUUUAUAUCAUGUCUCUUGCUACGACCACCACCCGUCGCCUCGCACUCACCGGCACCCGCUCGCUCCGCACCGCGCUCUCGCUCCGCUCAGCCCACACCCUCGUCAACACCGCACCCCGCUUCAUCGCUCCCCGCCGCGCCCACAUCCACUUCCCCAAGAUGGCUGCCCCCUCUGCUUCCCUCUCGACCGCUGCCAAGCCUGAGAUCAAGGCCGGCGACAAGUUCCCCUCGGUCGCUGUCCGUACCAAGGACUUCAACACCACCGUCGACUUCAGCACCCUCCCCGGCAAGAACAUCAUCGUCACUGUUCCCGGCGCCUUCACGGCCACCUGCCACUCGCAGGUCCCCGGCUACUUUGAGCUCUACCAGGAGUUCAAGGGCAAGGGCGUGAACGAGAUCUACGUCGUGUCGGUCAACGACCUCUUCGUUGUCAACGCCUGGAAGGACAACCACCUCGAGCAGUCUGGCCUCAAGGAGGACGAGGCGCCCAAGUUUGCCGCCGACGACAAGGCCGAGCUCGCCAACGCCCUCGGCCUCGAGCUUGACGCCCGCGGCGGCCUCGGCUCGAUCCGUCUCAAGCGCACCGUCAUUGUCGUCCAGGACGGCAAGGUCGUCAGCGCCACCGUCGAGCCCGACUCGGGCAAGUCGACCGUCACCCAGGCCGACAACCUCAUCAAGACCCUCUAAGGUCGCGAUGUGCUGACUGAUAUUGCAAAAGGAGCCUCGUAGCCUCCUAGGAGGAAGCGAUGAAUGAAGUGAAGCCUA